CAGUCAUUAAAAAAACAAUGUAAAUACGUAACAAUGAAAGUCGUCUAAAAUCCGAGAGUUGUAACACGGCUGCAAGAAGCUUGAAAACCAUGUAACGAGCUAAGAAAUGAUCAUUCGAAUGCAAAAAAAGGUAGAAACGAAGUUGGAACAUUUGUCUGGCAACGGGACACGAGAGAAUCGUAAAACGUUGGUUCGUGAGCGUUUAAGAGGAUCGUGGCCGGCGAGCGGACACUUUCAGGACAUAAAUACGCGUUGGGAAAAGUGGUGCGACGCGGAAGAAAACGGAGAAGAAGAAAAAGCACGUGGGAGUAAUCGAGAGAAAAUUUAUGUCCCGAGUAGAAUCGAAACACGGAAUUUAUGAGACUCGUGGAGGCACAGGAUUCAGGAAGCGUGAUGUCGCUGAGAAUGAUACUGUUCCUGGCCGUGGUGUUGGUGGCGGUGAUCCAGUGGUCGACGGCCCUGCCGGCUGCUGACAAGGAGAGACUUUUAAACGAGGUAGACUUGGUGGACGACGACGGCAGCAUCGAGACAGCCCUGAUCAAUUACCUAUUCACGAAGCAGAUCGUGAAGCGACUUCGAAAUCAAUUGGACAUCGGUGAUCUCCAGCGGAAACGCAGCUACUGGAAGCAGUGCGCCUUCAACGCGGUAUCCUGCUUCGGCAAAUAGAAUUUCCAAAACCUAACCGCCAUCGUGCUCUCUUCUCCGUUUAUCUGUCCCUCUCUUCCUUCCUCGAGCUUCUCCGGUUCGCCCUGCGUCCUCCUCUCGGGUAACCGCAUUUUAAAUCUCACCAUUUUCGCGAUACAUGAAGAUCUCGACGGAAUUAUUGUAAACGAAAAUUUAGUGGAAAUUCGAGGAUGAGUGUGGGUUUCGAGGCGAUGAAACGGAUGCGAGCUAACUGCGGAGAUGUUUGCGACGUGGUAAAACAGGAAAUGGUAGAUUAGCGUCGAACAGCGUCUCCGUUUACCCGGUAAUCCUUCGGAAAUGAUCGGAAACCGUGUCGCGUUUAUUUGGAAAGGAAGGCAGAGAGAGGUUAGAAUGGCGGGAAAAUUCAAAUCUGCAGAUCGUAAAAAAAUAACAAUUUCGAUCGAAAUACUGAAACCUAUCUUAUCGAUUUAUUAAUGUUAAGAAACAUGACAUUAUUAUAUUAACAUGAGAGAAUUAUUAUACUCCUAUUUAUUAUUCUCCUAAUUUAUAUUCGACAGAAAUUACACUUUGAUUACAGAAAUUUAACAAACGCGUAAAAAUAAUAAUUUUUUAUAAUAAGACUGCAGAUUAAAUUUUAGUAUAAAGUCAAGUCAGCGCGAACCGAUUUGAAUUUUCGCGCCAAGCGGCGGCCAUGUUCCGAUCGCUCCGCGGCUCGCCGGGUACCUGUCAUUUUUGUCUGUCGUGUAAAUGGACUUCGUGAUCGUUUAUUCUUCAUAUAACGCAACGUUGCGCGUUUGUAAAUCGAGAAUUUACGUUCGCGAACACGGUGGCUGUAAUUCAUGGAGAAACAUCAAUAAAGUUUAUUUCCGGUUGUA